CUGCUUUUAUUGAAACAAAGACACUAGUCUCACAUUUUAGUGACACCAUCAAGGCACCCGGAUUUCUACCAAAUUAGAGAGACUUUGGAGGCUGAGAAAAGACUAGAAGCAGAACAUCACCAAGAAAUUCCUGCCUGGCCAGCAUCUGCUGGGAUUUGAUUCCCUUUUAAGUGGGGUCUGUGCACCAAUGAUGGGCAGCCACAGUCAUGCCUUUAGGAAGUCGGUUUUCUCCAGAGCCCUGGGAGCUGUUGUCACUCUCCUGCUCUGGGGACAGCUUUUCGCUGUGGACUUGGGCAAUGAUGCCAUGGAUACUACAGAUGACAGCUGCCCAAAGCCCCCGGAGAUUGCAAACGGCUACGUGGAGCACUUGGUUCGCUAUCGCUGCCGCCCAUUCUACAGACUGAGGACCAAAGGAGAUGGAGUGUAUACCUUGAACGAUGAGAACCAGUGGGUGAACAAAGACCUUGGAGAGAGACUCCCUGAAUGCGAGGCAGUGUGCGGGAAGCCGAAGAAUCCCGUGGCCCAGGUGCAGCGCAUUAUCGGCGGCUCUCUGGAUGCCAAAGGCAGCUUUCCUUGGCAGGCCAAGAUGGUCUCCCGCCAUAACCUCAUCACGGGGGCCACCCUGAUCAGUGACCAGUGGCUGCUGACGACGGCCAAAAACCUCUACCUGAAUCACAGCGAGGACGCGAACGCCAAGGACAUUGCCCCGACCUUACGACUCUCUGUGGGAAGAAAUCAGUUGGUGGAGAUUGAGAAGGUGGUCAUCCAUCCCAACCGCUCUGUGGUGGACAUUGGGCUGAUCAAGCUCAAGCAGAAGGUGCCCGUCACUGAGAGAGUGAUGCCCAUCUGCUUGCCUUCCAAGGACUACGUAGCACCAGGCCGCAUGGGCUACGUGUCUGGCUGGGGGCGGAAUGCCAACUUUAGAUUUACGGAACGUCUCAAGUACGUCAUGUUGCCUGUGGCUGACCAGGACAGCUGUGUGCUGCACUAUGAGGGAAGCACAGUGCCCGAGAAGAAGACCCACAAGAGUCCUGUGGGGGUACAGCCCAUCUUGAAUGAACAUACCUUCUGUGCCGGCAUGACCAAGUACCAGGAAGACACCUGCUAUGGCGAUGCUGGCAGUGCCUUUGCCAUUCACGACCUGGAGCAGGACACCUGGUAUGCAGCUGGGAUCCUGAGCUUCGAUAAGAGCUGCUCUGUGGCCGAGUAUGGCGUGUAUGUGAAAGUGAACUCCAUCCUGGACUGGAUUCAGGAAACCAUGGCCCAGGACUAGCGCAGGGCUGACUGGUCGGCUAUGCCCACUCAGGCUGGCAGCCUACGUCUGAGAGCACUACUCACCACGGAAGAAGGGGGAGUGGAAGGGACAGGUGCUAGCCCCGCACUGCUCGGUCAAUAAUAAAGAACUUGUUUCUGACA